CGCAAUUGGGAACUGAUCCCGGAAGUGCCCUUGAGUCUCUGGCUCCAACCGUGAAGUGUUUCGUGAGGCUGCGGGAGCGGUGGUGCGCGGUUUCCGCCCGUAGUGGAUCUGAGAGCAGCCGGGGCCGCUGUGGCGAUGGAACGUGUCGCGGAGGGCCGCACGGCCAGCGCGCUGUUCGCGGGGUUCCGGGCCCUGGGGCUUUUCAGCAGCGACAUUCCGCACGUGGUGCGGUUCAACUCUCUGAAGCGUCGGUUCUAUGUGACGACCUGCGUGGGCAAGAGUUUCCACACCUACGACGUUCAAAAACUUAGUCUGGUUGCAGUGAGUAACUCUGUCCCACAGGAAAUCUGCUGUAUGGCAGCUGAUGAGAGGCUAGUUUUUGCUGCCUAUGGGAAUAUUUUUUCUGCAUUUGCGCGUAAUAAAGAGAUCGUACAUACCUUUAAGGGUCAUAAGGCAGAAGUCCAUCUUUUGCAACCCUUUGGAGAUCACAUUAUCUCUGUUGAUGUUGACAGCAUUCUUAUUAUUUGGCACAUAUAUUCAGAAGAGGAAUACCUGCAACUGACUUUCGAUAAAUCAGUAUUUAAAAUUUCUGCUAUUUUGCAUCCAAGUACUUAUUUGAAUAAAAUACUUCUGGGCAGUGAACAAGGAAGCCUUCAGUUGUGGAAUGUAAAAUCCAAUAAACUUCUGUACACCUUUCCGGGGUGGAAAGUUGGAGUGACAGCUCUUCAGCAGGCACCAGCUGUGGAUGUUAUUGCUGUUGGUCUUAUGUCGGGUCAGGUUAUCAUUCACAACAUUAAGUUUGAUGAAACAUUAAUGAAAUUUCGUCAAGACUGGGGACCCAUCACUUCAAUUUCAUUUCGCACAGAUGGUCAUCCAGUUAUGGCAGCUGGAAGUCCAUGUGGCCAUAUUGGACUGUGGGAUCUAGAAGACCAAAAAUUAAUCAAUCAAAUGAGAAAUGCACAUUCUACAGCAAUUGCUGGACUGACAUUUCUCCAUAGAGAACCACUACUGAUCACAAAUGGUGCUGACAAUGCUCUCAGGAUAUGGAUAUUUGAUGGUCCCACAGGUGAGGGCCGACUUUUGAAAUUCAGAAUGGGACACAGUGCUCCUCUUACCAAGAUCAGAUAUUAUGGACAGAAUGGACAACAAAUUCUAAGUGCAAGUCAAGAUGGAACUCUUCAGUCAUUUUCCACGGUACAUGAAAAAUUUAACAAGAGCUUGGGACAUGGAUUAAUAAAUAAGAAGAGGGUCAAACGUAAAGGACUUCAGAAUACCGUGUCAGUGAGACUUCCACCCAUCACAAAGUUUGUUGCUGAGGAAGCCCGUGAAAGUGACUGGGAUGGUAUCAUUGCUUGCCAUCAAGGAAAGCUAUCUUGCUCAACUUGGAAUUAUCAAAGAUCUACAAUAGGUGCUUACUUUCUCAAGCCCAAAGAGUUGAAGAAAGAUGACAUAACUGCAACAGCAGUGGAUAUAACUUCUUGUGGAAACUUUGCUGUGAUUGGUCUAUCAUCAGGAACUGUAGAUGUAUAUAACAUGCAAUCUGGUAUACAUCGAGGAAGUUUUGGCAAGGAUCAAGCUCACCAGGGAUCUGUCAGAGGUGUUGCAGUGGACGGGUUAAACCAGUUGACAGUGACAGCUGGUAGUGAAGGAUUACUCAAGUACUGGAACUUUAAAAAUAAAAUUUUAAUCCAUUCUAUGAACCUUGAUUCAUCUCCAAAAAUGAUGCUGUUACAUAGGGACAGUGGUAUUCUGGGACUCGCGUUGGAUGACUUCUCCAUUAGUGUUCUGGACAUAGAAACUAGGAAGAUUGUCAGAGAGUUUUCUGGACAUCAAGGCCAAAUAAAUGACAUGGCUUUCAGUCCUGAUGGUCGUUGGUUAAUAAGUGCUGCAAUGGAUUGCUCUAUUAGGACUUGGGACCUUCCAUCUGGGUGCCUCAUAGACUGCUUUUUGUUGGAUUCAGCUCCUCUCAAUGUUACUAUGUCACCUACUGGAGACUUUCUGGCGACUUCCCAUGUGGACCAUCUUGGAAUUUAUCUAUGGUCCAAUAUUUCUCUGUAUUCAGUUGUUUCAUUACGGCCACUUCCUAAUGAUUAUGUCCCUUCAGUAGUGAUGCUUCCUGGUACUUGUCAAACCCAAGAUGUGGAAGUAUCAGAAGAAACAAUAGAACCAAGUGAUGAAAUGAUAGAGUAUGAUUCACCAGAACAGUUGAAUGAGCAAUUGGUGACUUUAUCACUUCUCCCUGAAUCACGAUGGAAAAACCUUCUUAAUCUUGAUGUUAUUAAGAAAAAGAAUAAACCUAAGGAACCUCCUAAAGUACCCACAUCAGCACCAUUUUUUAUUCCAACAGUUCCUGGCCUUGUACCCAAGUAUGCUGUUCCUGAACAAAAUCACGAUCCCCAACAGUCUAAAGUGGUAAAUCUUGGAAUUUUGGCUCAAAAAUCAGAUUUCUGCUUGAAGCUUGAAGAAGGACUGGCAAAUAAUAAAUAUGAAGCUGCCAUCAAUCUUCUGAAAGAAAUGGGCCCAUCAGGAAUUGAAACAGAGCUGCGAAGCUUGUCUCCAGAUUGUGGUGGGUCUGUAGAAGUCAUGCAGAGCUUCUUAAAAAUGAUUGGAGUAAUGUUGGACAGAAAGCGUGAUUUUGAAUUAGCCCAGGCGUACCUUGCAUUGUUCCUAAAGUUACACCUUAAAAUGCUUCCUUCGGAGCCACUGCUCCUAGAAGAAUUGACAAGGUUGUCAUCACAAGUGGAAAAAAACUGGAUUCAUUUACAGUCACUCUUCAAUCAGAGCAUGUGUGUUCUAAAUUAUAUUAAAAGUGCUUUGUUAUAAAAAUAAACUUAGAUGUAUAUAAAUCAAAAAUGUAGUAAAUGGUUUCAUUUUAACUCAUUUCUAUUCUCCAAGUUUCAUAGUGAAAAGGAAAUGAUAGCACUGCUGAUUAGUUAGUAAUUUGUCACAUUCAAUGUUAAAUAUAUUCUUGAAGUAAAAUUCUACCUCCAUUUAGUUGUGAAGACCCAAAGAAUCCAUUCAGAUGAUUGGUGAUCUGAUUCUCCUUACAUCAACUAUAUUUGUAAGAAUUUUUUGAGUUGUUAUUGCCAACUCAUGUUUUUUGUAUCUAUUCUAUAUAAAAUGUGCUGCAUGAGGAGGUAAAGUAUUGAUGAAUUAAACUGAAGAUGUCAAAUGAGAUAAUUGUGAAAAAGCCUUUCUGAUAUGAAGGAAAAAAGACUGCUUGCUUUCUUGAUGGCUUUGAUGAAAACAUGACUCAUUGACUAUUAAAGCUAGAAGAUAUAUUGGACAUAUUCCAGCACAACCCUGUUGUUUUGCAGAAGAGCAUCCAAGUUCGGGAAGACCUGGUGUAUCAGUGGCAAACCCACAUGUUCUGGCACUGGCCUAGUGUUUUCUCCUUUGUGGGCUUCCUAAAGGGAGCUGUUCUUAAUUGUCAAUGUGGAGUCACUUGCCCAAGGCAAAUUGCUAUAAAAGAUUGAACAGAUACCUAGGAUAGGAAGGGAAAUUCCACAUUGCACUGAAGGUUGUCCUUCAAGGGUUUUGCUUCCUUCUGGUGACAUUUUUAUUUGGGAAGAAACUGCUGACUUUUCCCUUAAAAGCAUUGCCAGACCACAUAGCUCUGGCAGUUCUUUUAUUUUCUCAUUAUUGUUUUCUUUUUAUGGUUCAGAGAUUAAGCAAUGUAUGAAGUAAAAAGUAAGUGCUAAAAUAAUUUUGAACACCAAUAAUAUUCUCAUUCAGUUAGGAUAAGAAGUUUAUAGAAUAACCUCUGCAGGAGCAGGAUUUAAAAGGUGUUGUCUAAUGAUAUUAAAUUAUUAAUAAUUAAAUAUUAAAGUAUUUUUAUUUAAUGAUGUAAGCUAAGGAAACAAGGUUUUGUACUUAAUUUUUUCUUUUAAAGUUGGUUAGAGAUGUAUUAAAACCACUGACAGAAAUGUUAAUAGUGGCUUGGGUUCUAACUAUUUUUCUGUCUCAAAUACUGUAUUCUAAAGAUGUUGCAACAACCCAGUAUCUUAUCAUAUGCCUUAUGAAGAUCCUAAGUAAUUUAAAAUGAUAAGCACCACAAACUGAAGUUGUACUGCUUUUACAAGCCAUGAACUGAGUUUUUUGCUUUUUUUCUAAUGAGAGUACAAGAGUUGAAUAUAUUGUUUAUAUUGGCAUUAUCUUAGUGUUAUAGCAUUAUUUUGGCAGAUGGCAGAAUUUUUCUUUUGUGUUUGCCAUCAAGGCAGUGGAGGGAGGGAGGAAAUAGAAAGUAUAGUUUAUGUGUAAAUGUUUUUAUUUAAUAUUUGAAGAGGUACAUCCAUUUGGUUUCCAAAAUGGCUAUAUCAAUUCACAGUUCCCCUCAGCAACAAAUGAAUGCCUGCUUCUUUGUAAAACCGAGGAUGCUAGAUUUUUAUAAACAAUGGGUGAAAUUAAUAGUUUUUGUUCAGGAAGUCCUCAUAGUAAUGAGAAUGGGCAUCAUUUCAUAUAUUUAUUUUAGAGCACUUAUAUCUCUGUGAGGAUUUUUAUGCUCUUCUCAUUUUUCUACUGAAUUAUCUUUUUAUCUCAUGGAAAGAAGUUUUCAUAUAUUUUAGAUAUUAAUCUUUUAUAUCUGUUAAGAAUGUUUCCUCCCAGUUGGCCACUUGUCUUUAUUAUGGUGUCUGUUUUUAUAGGUGCUUUUUCUAAAUAGAAAAAUAACGUUUCAUGACUUCUACUGAAGAUAUAAAGCAAAUCAUUUCAUGUAUAUCGUGUGUAUUUUCUUUUGAGAUGUGCAUCCUUGUGAAUAGUUGUCUAGAUGUUCGUCUAGUGAUGUUUGUGAAGAGUCUAAGCUAUGGAGCUUAUUCAAAUGUUCAAAAUUCACUUAUGAAAAAGUCUGUUUUUCUAUCUCUGAUUUGAAAUGUUGCAUUUUUAUGUGCUAAAUUCUUUUAUUGAGCUAUUUGAUACUCCCAAUAAAUAUGCAUUAUUUUGAUUACAGUUUAUACUAAACACCAUUUUUAGAUUUGGUAGAGUGGGACUUCUGAAGGAUUUUCUUAAGUGCCAGUGAAAAAAAUCUCCUUGAAAUUUUGAUUUGUAUUAUGCUAUUUGUACCAUUGCUUGGAGAAAAGUACAACACCAAAUAUUUCU